ACACACACACACUUCCACUCUCAGUUGGCUUUUCUUCUGCCCAGUAAUUGGCCAUCACUGAUUUUCUCUUCCUUGUCCUAGGUCAGAGCACAGUCAUAUCCCACUGAGAAGCAGGGCUCAGAGCACAGUGGACAGUGUUCCUCUUAUCCUGUGAAAUAAAUCCAUGUACUCAGUUUCACCUUCAAGCAUAAAACUCUGUCACUAGCUCCAAUUUCUCAACCUCUCUCCACACUGAAUAUCUAGUUUUUAAGAAGUCUCUGAGUUGUCUGGUGACAUCUGAAAUGAGAUACUAAAAAUUAAGUCAGUAAUCUAGUCAAAUCAAUCAUAAUUGAUAUUGUUUGCAAGACAAUGAUUUUCACAGGAGGCAGUAACCUAAAUAAUCCAAAGGCCUCGUCUCCUCCUGAGUUCCCACUGCCUCUCCCCCAGGCUGCAUCUAAGCAGUGUGUUACGGGAGGCUCCUGCUCUUUUUAGAGUAAGUGUCGGUGGAAAUGUGUAGGAUUCUUGUAAUAUUUGCCAUGGGAAUACACAAUGUCUGAGAAACUUCAUUCCUGUUGGUCUGUGUGGAUAAUCGUGGCAGUCUUGGAGUAGCAUUUACAGCAUGGGCAUUGAUGUCCAAGUUGGUAUCUCCUAGCAGCACUUGUUUAUCAGAAAUGAACCGAAGUCCCAGCAUUUUAUCAGUUAUCCUUUAAUUCUAGGAUGGCUCAUCAUUGCCAGUAUAUUACUCUCUGAGGAAGCUCUUAUUCUUUAGAAAAUUUCAUUUGAGAUUCUUUAGCCAGAUGCCCUGCCCUUUAUUAACUUACAUACUUAACAUCACAAAUACACAUAACUCAUUUUCAGCUUUUUGUGUCUCUUUCUUUCUAAUUGAUACAGUGGUGAAAAUCUGGAACACAUUUCUGUUUGAGAGGCCAGUGAUUAUGCCUUGUCUUGUUUACCCAUGACCUCUGCUCUUCAUACAGUGUCCAGAACAGGAAAGAGCAAAUAUUUGCCAAAUGACUCAAUCAGUAUCCGUGGAAUAACUCAUGAUGUUAAUACAUUCAUUCAGUUGUAACAUCUUUAUAACUAUUACAGUUCAUUUUUAUAACUAUUAGUAUUACCCAAUUUGUCAUCUUAAAAACUUUACCCAUUGGAGCAAACAGGUGAAAGGUGAAUUCAUCCCUGUGGAUUUGUAUACAUUAAUUCAAACCCUCUAGUUUUGAAAAGUUUUUUCUUUUUGAAAUAUUAGAGUGUAUAUAGGCUGACAAGUAAGAUGUCAGUAUGUAAAUAUCCUCAGAUGUAUAUUCUCUAAUUUGUUUCCAUGUACAGUACACUUUUAGUAGAGUUUCAUAAAUCUUAAUUUAUGAUCAUUUGAAUUGGGUCAGUCAGAUUUGUGGUUACAUUACUGAGGAAAUAAGUAUGUGUGCCCAGAACAUGAAUGACAAAAUCAUUUCCUUUUUCAAAGUACAUCCACAAUUUCAUGUGUUUUAGCAGGCAGAGCUUGGCAUUGCUCAAGUUCCAGUGCUUAUUAUAGUAGAUCUUAGAUGUCUAUUAGACUAGCUUGAGACACAAACAAAUGCCUUGGGUGAUAAAAAGCCCCCGUCAUCAAGAUGGCAGAGCUGGGAGGAUUUGGGGAGAAGCCCUGGCAACGGAGCUGAGGGAGAGGCAGAGGUUCAAGAGGGGGCCCAGCUGAGGGCUCUUGCUGAGACUCACAAUGACAAAGUUUCUUACAAAGAACAAUGUCUUGAGAGAGAACAUCCUCUCUGUUAAUAAGAUUCUGUACUCAUAUUUUAAAAAGUCUAAAUAUUUAAGGUUCUGCCUUUUACAUUGUUUUUAUUUUUUCUUGUCCCUCAAAAACAUGAUACUAUAUAAACACAGCCUUCUUUCAUUUGAGCUGAUUUCAUGGAGUUUCCUACACCUGCCCCCAUCAGAUUUUAGUCCUCAGAGAGGUUUUGAGCCCAUUGUUUCUGACAAGUUGGUGGAGUUUUCUUCUUAGGUAAUAUUUUAUUGCAAAUAUUUAGGCUGCCACCAUGGAAGAUACUUUUUUAUCAAAACAUAAAAUAAAUAAAUAUAUGUAAUAAAGGACAUAAAAUUAAACACUUAUUAAAUCUUGUGCAACCCUUCAGUAUGUAAGAGCACUUGAUAUUAAGGGGUAGAAGAGGCAGAGAUUAGGGACUGUGUACAUUUUCUGUGUUUAGCAUAGAGCCAAAGAAUAAAAAGAGAUCAUGGACUUUUAAAAUAAUUCCCUGACUCCUGCUUAAGGAUAAUUUUAAAGUUGUAGAGCUGGUUAUCCAGUUGCAUUUAGACAAGAGCAAUGAAAUGCUAAUCCAGGCAUUCAGGUAGGUUACGAAUGAAUUUUCAACUGCUUUUCAGCAAUAGAAAGUAAUUUAAUUUAUAGUUUUAUUUAAAUGAUUUGAAAGUUAAAGGAGCUUUCUGUUAUAAAUGAAAAAGAUCUUUGUGGGAUAAAGGACACUACUGUCACUAUACUUUUGAUAUUUGGAGCUAGUAUUUCAGGAAAACAUCAAAGUAAAUUAGUUAAUUACUCUUGUUUGGUCCCAGCUAUGCCAUAAGUAAAUUAGAAAUAAUUUGAUAUUUUGAUUAGCAGGAUAUUAGGAGAUAUAUGUGCUUUCUGAUCACAAAGUACCAACAAAUGUUUUUUCAGGCACUGAAUUGUUUGGAGGACAAGGACAAAUCUGCCCAUUGAUUGCAAAAAAAAAACAAAGCAAACUCUUUUUGUUCAGAUUUGCCCUUGCAAGUAAAGAGCACAACCCUUUGUCUUGGAUAAUUUCUAGCAGAGUGGUUCCGAGAAUUUAUCAGACGGCCUCCUGACCCUUCAGCACCCUUACCACAACUAUCUCCUUCAGGAACAGGGGCCUUUGGGAAACAGAUUUCUUCAAAGUGCAGGUGGGCCAGCCAUGAGAGGCUACCUCGUGGCCAUAUUCCUGAGUGCCGUCUUCCUCUACUAUGUGCUGCACUGUAUACUAUGGGGAACAAAUGUCUAUUGGGUGCCACCUGUGGAAAUGAAGCGAAGAAAUAAGAUCCAGACUUGUUUAUCAAAGCCAGCUUUUGCCUCUCUCCUGAGGUUUCAUCAGUUUCACCCUUUUCUGUGUGCAGCUGAUUUUAAAAAGAUUGCUUCCUUGUAUGGUAGUGAUAAGUUUGAUUUGCCCUAUGGGAUAAAGACAUCAGCGGAGUAUUUUCGACUUACUCUUUCAAAACUGCAGAGUUGUGAUCUAUUUGAUGAGCUUGACAAUGUGCCGUGUAAAAAGUGUGUGGUGAUUGGUAAUGGAGGCGUCUUGAAGAAUAAGACAUUAGGAGAAAAAAUUGACUCCUAUGAUGUAAUAAUAAGAAUGAAUAAUGGUCCUGUUUUAGGACAUGAAGAGGAAGUUGGGAGAAGGACAACCUUCCGACUUUUUUAUCCAGAAUCUGUUUUUUCAGAUCCCAAUCACAAUGAUCCUAAUACUACGGCGAUUCUCAUUGCUUUUAAGCCACUUGAUUUAAAGUGGCUGUGGGAAUUGUUGACAGGUGGCAAAAUAAACACUAAUGGUUUUUGGAAGAAACCAGCCUUAAACCUGAUCUAUAAACCUUAUCAAAUCAGAAUAUUAGAUCCUUUCAUUAUCAGAACAGCAGCGUAUGAACUGCUUCAUUUCCCGAAAGUGUUUCCCAAAAAUCAGAAACCCAAACAUCCAACAACAGGAAUUAUCGCCAUUACGUUGGCAUUUCACAUAUGUCAUGAAGUUCACCUUGCUGGAUUUAAAUACAACUUUUCUGACCUCAAGAGCCCUUUGCACUACUAUGGGAAUGCCACCAUGUCUUUGAUGAAUAAGAAUGCAUACCACAAUGUGACUGCAGAACAGCUCUUUUUGAAGGACAUUAUAGAAAAAAAAUUUGUGAUCAACUUGACUCAAGAUUGACCCACCCGACUCAGAAGAUGAUGCUAACAGUUUUAUUUUUAUAUGGCAAUUUUUAGUUUAUUUUUAAUGUUGGGUGAAUGCAUCAAAAAAUUAUGUAUAUUGUCUGUUGUUGGCUGGUGAUUCAUAACCACCAGCUUGAAUUCUGUGAAUAUAUUUAAUUUAUGAAAACCAAGAUAAGAUCUAUCAGGGAAAUAAGUUUUGGUUGCAUUGUUUUUAAAAUAAGCUUGUUUUCUGAGGUGUUUUUAAAACAUCUUUUUAUAGUUACUACAUCUUAGGCUUUUGAAGAGAUGUGACUUCCUAAGGAGGGGAUUGUUUACUGCAACAAAUUUUGAAUAUGACAUUUUGAGAGGUGUUAUUUGUCUACUGUAAAUCAGUGGCAUGUGGUUGUGCCCUGUGUGGCCAUCUGGAACCACUUCAAGUCUCUAACAGCAUGACUGCUUGGUUCCUUUUAGUUCUGAGGAACUUGAUUUGAAUCUUAAACCGGCCCUGAAUACAGCACUAUGGAUGUUUACGGUAAGCUAAGAUCUUACUGGUUUAAUUUUUUCCUGCCAUUAAGUAAACCAUGAAUAUGAUUUGGUAGAAUGAAGAUGGUGUUUUAUAUUAAGUUGAAGGAAAUAGACUAAACAUAAAAUUCUGGAUGAGUGAACAACCAAAGAAUACAAUUACUAAAGUCUUGUGACUGCAUUAUUUUAAAGAAAUAGUUUAUAAAACAAAGCAGCAGAGCUGGCAAGCUCAAGGAGAUAAUUCUUAAACAUUAUUUUUUACUUGGUUUGUUAAAUUUUGAAAGCUUAUUUGAAUUAGGAAAAAUAAGAUGACAAGUAAACCCUUAAGACUCAAGCUGUUUUUGGAUUUAUAUGGUAUUUUCAUGAAAAAUCUCACUUGUCCACAUGAUGAAAAUUGCAUCUUCAAAUGGAAGGCUUACCUUGGUAUGCCAGAAAAGGAUCCUGUGAGAUGCAACAAGGCCAAGCCAGUCCAACAAAUGUGAAGAGGAAUGCCAUUUUCCUAACAAGUGCUAGAGAUGUUACACGGGCCUGAAAACAACUUUCCUUUUUCACUACUGCCACCUGGAGGGAUGGACUUCCCUUUGAUGGAAAGAGAUGCAGUUAUGAGUUACCUGCCCGGUCCCAGUAAGAGUGCUUUCCUUCUGUGGUCUGUUUUGCCCAGAGAAAUUUAAAUCACACGCCCUUAACUGCAUGGACUCAAUUCUCCCAGCCUUCCAGUUUAAGUCAACGCUAUCACUAACUGUGAAAGGCGGCAGAGGGGGAAAGGAUUCUCCCGGACUGCAGCCAGGAGCCAGCUGUGCAACAAAGACACCCCGUCCGACCUUCAGAAUUCUGGCACAUCCUCCCCAGGAGAAAUCUCCCUUCCCUCCGUUAAGAAUGACUAAAAUGCUACCAAAAGCCUUUUACAAAGAAAAAAAACAAGCAAGCACAUGGACAUUUUCAGCAAGAUAAAGAGAAAGGAGAAAUUAUUAUACUGUACAAUAUAAGGAUAAGAAGAUUUUUAUUUGCUCAAGAUCACAACUGAGGGUUUCUCAAAAAGCCGAAGCUACGUGCUUUUCCUACUUGUAAACAUCCUUUUUCAGAGUGGCUAUAUUUUUAUUACUGGUAUUAAAAACUUCCUCAUUUUAAAGUCUGGCUCUAUUUAAAAUACAAUUUUUCAUUAUUCAAAAUAAAAUAUGAAAAAUCUGUAAAAGAGAUAAUCGGUGCUAAAACUGUUAAAAACUAUAAUAUGAAAGAAAUAAUAAAAUUCUAGUUCAAUAUUUAAGUACUUUCUUUCUUGAAAAUCCUGUAAUCACCAUAAGACUUAAAAAUAAGAAGAAAUCAAUAAUCUUGUCUAAAUGGACGUUAGAAAAGUCCAUAUGGUUAGGACAACAAAUUUAAUGGUAUAACUAUUAGCUGAACAUGACUAAGAUAAAAGAUUUUAUGUAAUUUCAAAUGACAAAGGUUCAGGUUAGUUAGUUAUUACAUGUAAAGUGCUCAGGACAAUGGGCAUGGCUGAAGGAUACAGCAAAUUGCAGCUGUUUUUUAUUACUAUUCUCCUCUAUUUUCUGCAGCCCCUUGGUGGCACCUUCUCCUUUACUCCUUGUCUUGAAGGUAGUUGUCAACAGCUUCAAUUGCAAGAUUCUUAGAGGUGACAUCAAUUCUGCACCUUAGACCCUUCCUCCCGAACAGCAUGUGUUGCAUCUCCCUCUAGGGAGCCUCAAUGUCCACAGGCCCUUUAAACACCACCCCAAACUGACCUCAGGACUGGCGUCCCGUCUUCUUCUCAACCACUCUGGUCCCCAGCCCUCACCACCAUACCCCUAUGCUUUAACCAGAGUGGAUUAGACUUGACUGACUAUAUAAUCAGAGGCAACAAUGGUUAAGAGCACGGCCUCUGCAGCCACGACCACAGCUCCACUCUGCUGUGCGCUGGCCAGUGACCUCGGCACUUAGUUACUUAUGCUUACUUUCUCCUGUGUAAAAUGGGAUUUAUAUACAGUAUGUGCUUAAGGUUGUUUUGAGGAUUAAGUAAGUUAAAAACAUGUAAUGCAUUUCAAUAAUGCCUAAAAUCAGCAUUUAAUUUUCUACAAAAACUAGCUGCUGCCGCUGUUCUCACUGUUGCUAUUGUUGUCUUCCAGUUCCCCAAAAGCAUCCUGAAAUUUCUUUCCUGGAUUUUCCCUACCGCCCUCAUACUAACUUGUUGGGUCUCUGCUCAGCCAGCCUUCCCAAACCAUGAAUCUAGGGCCCAUACACUCAUCCACCUUCCUCCUGUGGUCCACACUGCAUGGCUGGUACUACAGUCGACAGUUUCCUGCAUUCUGCCCCUCCCGUCCUGUAACCACUGGGGGUUCACCACUGGAUGCCCAGCACAUGGCUCAACACCUAGCACAGAGUAGGAGUGCAAGUAUUUGCUGAGUGGCUGAACAAAUGAAGUCAUUCUCUUGCUCCACCAAACCUCUCCCUCUUGCUGUGUUAUCUCAACUCCUGACAUCUCUACAGGUCCAACUGUAGCGGACUUUACUUUAGCGGACAGCCAGUCAUGUGUCCCAUCGACGCCACCGGUAAACUUCUCCCCUCCAUCUGUCUUCCCUUCCCUAGAAUUACUGUGUGUGUUCCCUCCUGGCCUUAGAAGUUUCACAGUUCAUCUUGUUGCCUCUUCUAGUCUCUCUUCAACCCACCCUUCAAAACUUCUGCCACUAUCUUUCUAUAACCAUCUGAUGAUAUCACCCAUCUGGUUAAUGCUACUCAAUGAGUUCCCCAUCUUCUACAGUAUAAAAGAGGCAUUUUUCUCUCCCAGAAGAUCCUCCCUGACCCAGGCCCAGACCACAUUUUGGUGUUCUCCCAGGCCAAGUCCAUGUGAGAUGACUCAUUAUUCUGCCUACAUUCUACAUUUGUGCCUUAACUCAAGCAACUCCUCCAGUCUGGGCCAUUCUCUAGCUUCUAACAGUUGGUCAAAUCCACCUCCUCCUUUAAGACAAAACAUGCCAAACUUGAGGAUUACUCUUUUCCUGAAAAAAAGUUUUCAGGUAACUCUCAUGGUUCUCACCUCUGUGGUCUCCAUAACUUCAUAAAUUAACUCAUGAAACCACAUUAUAGUUCCUUUUUUGUGUCAGUCAACCCUGAACACGUUGGAUAGGAAUAUUUUUAUGUUUUCAGCAAAUAUUACUAAACAUAUAUUAUGUGUUAGACACUUUUUACUAAUGUGUACAUUCAGUGUAUAAUGCAGAAUUUGAUAUAAUGGAGGUACUUAGUAACUGAUUAUAUAAUUUAACAUACUCAUUUUUUAUGGAAAUAAAAGAAAUGAAUGUAUUUUUAUUUUAA